GUUGAUCUACUUAAUAAUUGCUUUGAACGUGUUGAGCUUCCGUCAAAUACUUUUCACAUUUUUGAAGAAAAAGGUACCAAAAGUCUUGAACUAUACAUAGAAAAAUCAAUAAGAAAAUCUGAUAAAGAAAACUUGAUUUUGAAAACUUUACAGCAGAAUGAAUAUGCCCGCAUUACAUCUUUCAAUGAAUUAAAAACUUCUGAAGUACUAGAUUUUUUUUCAGAAUAUGGAUACGGCUUGAUAAAAAAAUAUCCAAAUGAAUUAAAGGAAGUAAUAAAUAAUUUAUUAUCAAACCGCUUCUUAAAAAAUUAUAUAUUUCAUAGUAUAAUACUAUCAUUAUCACUUAUGAAUAAAUUAUGCGCUAUCGAUUUUGUAGAUAAAUUGUUUAAAGAUUGCGGAAAAUACACAAUAUAUAAUAUUUGGAUUGAAUUGAUAUUACAAAUGUGGGAUAGAGGAAAUAUUGAUUUAAACUUUGUAAUAGACUUUUUUAAAAUACAUGAAUCAGAAAUAUGCAUUGACAAUGUUUUUAUAUUAUGCCGAAACUACAACUUUUGGCCAGGUAUCAGAAUGAUGUAUGAUAAAUGUAAUAUGGAAAUACUUAGCACAAGAUGUUUAGCUAAUAGUUUUGAAAUGUUUCCUGGAUAUAUGAAUAUAUUCGGUGGUCAAAAAGUAAACCAUCUAUGGAUUCGAACUCUACGGAAGGAAAAUCUGGCUAGAACAACUUCUCUAAAUUUUGUCGGCGAUAUAGUUAGAAAUAUAAUUAAGACUAAUCCCAACUUUAUUAUGAAUGUUCUAUACAGUUUUGUGACCCGAAAUGAUUUUUUACUAUCACAUCUAAAUGAAAUUCUUUUGCAUGAAAACGUUUUUAUACAUUACGAAAGCGAAGAGCUGUGUAACACUGUAAUACUUUUGAAGGCGCAAGUUGUUAAAAUGGAAGAUAUUUUACAUAAUUAUUUAAAACGGCCAAUAGAAUUUCGAAAUAGGUUAUGUGAUAUUUGCAAACAAAUGAUAAAGCAACCUGCAUUGUACUUCUUAUGCCAACAUGCGUAUCAUAGAGAAUGUAUCAAACAAUAUAGUGGAGUAGUAAUUUGUAUUAUAUGUACAGAUAAUCAAAUGUUGAAACAAAAAAUAAACAAUCCAGAUCAAAUUUAUAAUACUGCGGAUAAUAGUUGUAAUAAAACUAAAAAUACCUUGUUAUUCAAUAUUUCUGAAAAAAUAGGACAACUGGCUUUUAAAUGUGAUGAUAAAUAUUUAUAUACUAAAAAUUUGCAAAAUGAAAAAAAUUUAAAUAUAUCAUCCAAUCCAUUCGAAAGUGAAGAGAAAGCAGAAAGUAAUACCCUCAAUGAAUAUGAUGCCAAUUUAAAUCCUUUUACUUAAUCAUGUAAAUAUGAUUGAAGCAGUUUCCAGUUUUUCCGCUAUCCUCCAGUGUUCUUCACUAUCCUCCAAUGCACAGAUAUGUGCUCCAAUGUUCCAUAGUCAAGUUUCUCCAUCCAACGCGCCAAUCCUGCAAAAGAAUAAAAAAUGUUGCUUAAAAAAAUAAUAUAUGACGUUUAAAAGUAAUGCCAAGUUUAUCAAUAUAUGUGUACUAAAAAUUAGGGUUCUAUAAAUCGACUUUCGAAUAAUCGAACAAUCGACUUUUUGUCGAAAAAAGUCGAAAAGUCGAAGUCGACUAUUUUGUUCCAAAAAAGUCGAUAACUCGACUAUCGUCUAUGAAAAAAGUCGACUUUGUAAAUAAAAGCCGAAAAAAGUCAAAAAGUUGAUCUACUUAAUAAUUGCUUUGAACGUGUUGAGCUUCCGUCAAAUACUUUUCACAUUUUUGAAGAAAAAGGUACCAAAAGUCUUGAACUAUACAUAGAAAAAUCAAUAAGAAAAUCUGAUAAAGAAAACUUGAUUUUGAAAACUUUACAGCAGAAUGAAUAUGCCCGCAUUACAUCUUUCAAUGAAUUAAAAACUUCUGAAGUACUAGAUUUUUUUUCAGAAUAUGGAUACGGCUUGAUAAAAAAAUAUCCAAAUGAAUUAAAGGAAGUAAUAAAUAAUUUAUUAUCAAACCGCUUCUUAAAAAAUUAUAUAUUUCAUAGUAUAAUACUAUCAUUAUCACUUAUGAAUAAAUUAUGCGCUAUCGAUUUUGUAGAUAAAUUGUUUAAAGAUUGCGGAAAAUACACAAUAUAUAAUAUUUGGAUUGAAUUGAUAUUACAAAUGUGGGAUAGAGGAAAUAUUGAUUUAAACUUUGUAAUAGACUUUUUUAAAAUACAUGAAUCAGAAAUAUGCAUUGACAAUGUUUUUAUAUUAUGCCGAAACUACAACUUUUGGCCAGGUAUCAGAAUGAUGUAUGAUAAAUGUAAUAUGGAAAUACUUAGCACAAGAUGUUUAGCUAAUAGUUUUGAAAUGUUUCCUGGAUAUAUGAAUAUAUUCGGUGGUCAAAAAGUAAACCAUCUAUGGAUUCGAACUCUACGGAAGGAAAAUCUGGCUAGAACAACUUCUCUAAAUUUUGUCGGCGAUAUAGUUAGAAA